CGCGUUCCGAGUGCCAUGUCGAGGAGAGGUACGAAAUUGUAGACAGCAGGGAACGAGGGGCGACAUUGCUGCUGCGGCAUCGAUCACCAUGGCUGCUGGAGUGGUGCAGCACACCUUCUCGCUGUCGUCGCAUUUCCUCCCCAUCGCGUGCGCGAGGUCGCGGGGAGCGCUCCUCUCGUCCGGCUUGGCGAGAGUGUUCACCGGGUCGCCAUCAGGAUGCCUCGGAUUGAGGGGGAUGUCCGGUGGCAAUGUGUCCGGGCGAGUGAGUAUGACGCUGAGAGGUGGAAUCGUGGGACUGCCGAACGUGGGCAAGUCCACUCUCUUCAACGCCUUGGUCGAGAACGGCAAGGCUCAAGCUGCAAAUUUUCCCUUCUGUACGAUUGAGCCCAAUGUCGGGAUUGUCGCUGUGCCCGACCCGCGCCUGGAGAUUUUGGCCAAACUCGGCAAAUCUCAGAAGAUUGUUCCUGCUUCGGUCGAGUUCGUGGAUAUCGCUGGGCUCGUUAAAGGUGCCAGUCAAGGCGAGGGUCUGGGGAACAAAUUUUUGUCGCACAUUCGCGAAGUAGAUUCUAUUGUACAGGUUGUUCGGUGUUUCGAGGACGAUGAUAUCGUCCACGUCAGUGGUAAAGUAGAUCCCGCGUCGGACAUCGAGGUCAUCAAUUUGGAGUUGGCAUUCUCGGACAUGGCUCAGAUUGAGAAGAGGUUGGAAAGGCUGAAGAAGGGCAGGGUCAAGGAUCCUCAGGUCAAGGCGCAGGAAGAAUUGGAAGCUGCCGCACUGCAGAGGAUAAAUGACGCCCUUCUGAGCGGCAUUCCUGCCCGUGCAGUCGCACUCACGGAUGACGAGAAGAAAAUGGUGGACCAGCUAUGCUUGCUCACCAUGAAACCGGUCAUCUUCGCAGCGAAUGUUGCUGAAGCGGAUUUGGCAGAUUCAUCGGCAAAUAGCCACGUCCAACAAGUGAGGCAAGUGGCCAGCAGUCUCAACGCCGACGUCGUCGUGGUUUCUGCUCAGGUUGAGGCUGAGUUGACAGAGCUGGAUCCCGAAGAGAGGACCGAUUAUUUGCAAUCUCUAGGCGUCGACCAAGGAGGGUUAACUUCUCUGGUUCGAUCCACCUACAGCUUAUUAGGUCUCCGCACCUACUUCACUUGUGGUGAAAAGGAAACGAGGGCAUGGACAAUUUUAGCUGGCAUGACAGCACCGCAAGCAGCUGGCGUUAUUCAUUCAGAUUUUGAACGCGGGUUCAUUCGAGCAGAAACUGUUGCCUAUGACGAUUUUGUCACAGCUGGUUCCCUGGCAGUAGCUAGAGAAAAAGGUUUGUUGAGGCAAGAAGGCAAAGAGUACAUUGUGCAGGAAGGAGAUGUAUUGCUAUUUCGCUUCAACGUUUGAGUUGAAACCGUGAGUUGGUGUAAGUAGCUUAGGUAGGGAAUACAAUUCAUUGCUGUAGAUCACCCAUUCUUUUAGAUAGGGCCUCAUUUUUGAAAGUAGCUAUGUCUAGAGAGAAGACCAACUGUCUUUUCACAGGUGCUUAGCGCACCUCGGACGAUUACUAACAUUCUGUACUUCGCUUUACUUGAAAAUGAGUUGAAAAUGCUGACAAUUCACAUCUAAAUGGAAACUACUUUGCUUUAUACUCUACCUCUGGUCAAUGAAAAAACUGCAACCGUUU